AUGCCCGUCCUAGACAGGCUGGUCACCGCCGCGGGUGCCCUACUCGCCGCCUUCCUCUCCGGCUACGCCAUCGGCUUCUACCGAGCCGAGGCCGCGAUGGGCGAAGAGACCAAAGGCCAGGAUCAAAACCCCGGCGAGGAUCGGCGCUCCGGCGAGCAUCAAGUCCCGGAUCAGAUGUCAGGGCCCUCGGGAGGCGAAGGGAAGGCGGCGAUCGGGGGGAGGGUGGUGAUGGGGCUGCCGCCGCCCGCGCCCGUGGGGGGACAUCCGGGGAACGGGAGGUACCGGGCGCCCAGCCCGUGCCCGUCCAGCGACGCGGACAGCGACUUCGGAGACGGGAUGCCGGCGGCGGCGGGCGGUGGCCGCCGGCUGGUGCUGGUCGUGCGGACGGACCUGAAGCUGACAAAAGGGAAGGUGGGCUCCCAGCUGUGCCAUGCCGCAUUGGGCCAGUUCAAAAAGCUGCACAGGGCCAAGAAUCCCAACUUAUGGGACUGGGAGCAUGAUGGGCGGUCCACCGUGGUGCUGCGUGUCUCUGACGCAGCCGGCCUCACAGCCCUGAAGGAAUCUGCAAAGACAGCGGGCAUCCCCACGCACACAGUCGUUGACCGAUCGUCACAGCAUAGCGGGCCAGUCAAAACAGUAAUGGCCUUGGGCCCAUUUGCAACAGAUGCUAUCAGCGAGAUCACAGGACACCUCAGUCUUUACUGA